AUGGCUGAAGGAGACUUUUACACGGUGGGCGGGCGUCAGAGGUUCCCGCGCGACCCGUUCGGAGAAUCGAUGGCGUCGCGCUUCCUGGGAGACGACGAUUUCGGGAUGCCGUCCUUUCCGGAUGACCUGUCGGCGGACUGGCCCGGCUGGGCUCGGCCCGGCCGGCUCGGCGCACGCCUGAGCUCGGCGACGCCCUUCGGAAGCGGACUGCGGACGGCCUUCCCGGAACGGCGGCGGAGACUGUCGCCGCCCUACGCCAGCGGGCGUUUCAGCGAGGCCUCGCCGAGGAGCUCGCCUACCGGCGGGUGUGCGGGCGAGCCGUGGAAAGUGUGCGUCAACGUGCACAGCUUCAAGGCGGACGAACUGAACAUCAAAACCAGGGAGGGUUUCGUCGAAGUGUCAGGAAAACAUGAAGAGAAGCAGGAGGAAGGAGGAAUCGUCACAAAGAAUUUCACCAAAAAGAUCCAGAUCCCGUCGGACGUGGACCCUCUGACGGUGUUUGCCUCGCUGUCGCCCGAGGGCGUGCUCAUCAUCGAGGCUCGCCAGACGCCGCCAUAUUACCUCUUCAGCGACGACGCGCCGCCGGCACCAGAGGAGGACGCAGACUCCGCCCCUAAGCUACAGGAGGCAGCGGUGCACUAA